GUCUAAAUCAUCUCGUUGGUGGUAGUAUAAGUUUUUUUCGGCGGUAAAAUGGGUAAUAUCACUAUUCUACAUUAUCCAUCAUUCCUAUUUACCGAUCGUACCCCAGGCCCACUGGGCCCACUUGGCGUACCGAACUUUAACACAGGGGAUGGCAGUCUUUAACAGUAUCUCGUCGGUGACUAUGGAUUCAUAAACAGGGACCGUUCGUUCGCGUCCGACGUCAAGCCCCGCUUUCGUAGCCGACGCUGCCGACCCUAAGCCCGCGCGCUAUAAGCACUCGGAUUGGUCAGUGUUUUUGCUUAAUAAUUCAAAAACUUUUCCCUUUUCGCAAAGGAAAAAGUUGUUCAGAAUCACCCCAGCUACCACCCCUUCACAGGGUGAAAAUGAGUUCUGGGACACCCAGUAUAAGAAGGAAGUGCUGCAUUCUGACCUGAGCGAGGAUAAAAGUGCAGUGAUUAUCGCCAGCGUAAUUACGGUUGUGCGUCUCAACAAGGAAAUCGGCAGCUCGAAGUAGCAGUUAACCGGUUCUGUGAUUCAAACAAUACCAUUUUGGAGAACAAUAAAAGGCAUUUAGUGCACCGUGAGUGCAAAAUGUAUAGAAUUAUACUGAAAGGUUUAUAUUAUACAACAUGAUUGGAGAAGUUUUCAAGCAAUUUACUAAGAAAGUACUUUUUUAUCAAAACUGAAUUCGUUUCGAGACUAAAUCGAACUUUGUAAUAUUUUAAUUAGGUAGAAAAAAUGCGCACUGAAUCAGCUGAAAUCACCACGCGCGAGAUAACUACAUAUGUUACAAUAGCUACAUUUAAAUUCUGAAGAAAUGUCCGAUAUCAAAAGCGUUUUAUCACUAUUAUGUCAGCAUUUAAAUUCAUCGAUCAAUGUCGUAAUGAAACCUGAAUAUUUUAGAUUGACAAAAUUUAAUGGUACAGCCGAAAAUAUCACCGAGGAAUUCUGGAAAACAUUAAAUACUUUAAGUUAUCAUGCCGUGAGAGAAAAGCAAAUCGAAAUUGAUUUUCACCAGUAUGGUAUUAUUUGGGGAACAAAAUUGUAUUUUGCAUAUUUACAGUAUCCAGCCAUAGAGUUUUAUGCUUUAAACAGAGACAGUAAAAAUAACAGACAAUUAUUAUUAGCAUUCGCAUGGCUUCUUGGAACACAAAAUGUUCUAAAUGUUAUUAUUAGAAUAAAUUUAUCCAAUAGUGUACUGGGAAGAGAGUGUGCAUAUCCAAAUAACUCAAAAAAAAAAGAAACAGAGUGCAAUAUACCAGAGUCAUUGAUUGCACAAAUAAAUAAUGUAUUAUACUUAAAUGGUAAAGUAAAUUACAAUCUAAAAGAGAUAUCUGAGUUAAUUUCUGAAAAAGCUAAGCUAAUAAGCAAAGCUCAUGCUGCAAGUAUUAAUGUCAGUGGUUUACCACAUCUCAGUGUAUCAGAAUUAGCAUUAAUAAAACGUAUAUCAACAAUUAAUAAGAAGGCACCUUCUAAUGAGGAUAAAAGAUAUUUAAAGAAUUUAAACAUUAUUGGUGGUUUGUUAGAUACACACAUGAAAUGGUUAAAGAAAGAACACAUGUUUUUUGAAUGGAUGGUGACCGUAGUUGAAGAACACAAUAAAUCUCUAAGUUCCAGUUUAGAUGACAUUAAUUGGAAUGAAAUUUCAAAAUUCAUUUCUUUAUUACAUUAUAUAACACAGGAAAGAUUUGAAAGCUCAUCUUCCAAAAAUGAAUCUGAGGCUUCUCAAACUUCUCCUUCUACAUGUGUAUCACGUUUAUUAAAAGUUCAAGACGGUAAUAAAGAAAUGGAAAAUUGGUUAACAGAAAUUUCUGCUGAAGUAAACAAAGAUAUGGAAGAUCUGUCUAAGAGAAAGGAAGAACUGUCUAAGGAAUUAAAAGAUAUUUUGAAAUCAAUACCUUCUUCCAUUCAAGUUUGAUUUGUAUAAAAAAAUAAAAAAA